AUGGCACCGGGCACUAAAAUGACAAGAAAAAGACAAAAAAAAAAAAAAAAAAAAGAAUUGGAAGAGGAAUAUGACAAUAAGGAACCUCUAAAAUUUCCAAGUGAAUUUUCACGGGUGUCCAGCAGAAAGAAACCUCCAUACCGGAAACAGCGGCACCACUUUCUGACCAAGGAGGAUAAUCGGGAGGGUGGACGUAGAGAUCCCACGUCCGCUGGACAUCGGCUGGGCCGGAAACGAAGUCAGACAGAUAAGCCCAGCGGCCUGGGGUUAUGGGGAGCAGAAGAACUGUGUCAGCUUGGACAAGCAGGCUUCUGGUGGUUGAUUGAACUGCUGGUGUUGGUGGGAGAGUACGUGGAAACGUGUGGCCAUCUCAUCUAUGCAUGCAGGCAGUUGAAAGGCGGUGAUCUGGACCUUUUUCGAGUUUGGGUGGGAGCCUGGCCUGGGAGGCUGGGCGGCUGGGUGCAGGUAGCAUUCCAAUGUCUAAACCAGGGGUUUUACUGUGGGGCAGGGCUGUUACGUUUUCUUAGGCUAGUGGGUGCUUUACUACUCCUGGGACUGGCCCUCUUUUUGGGCUGUCUCCAGUUGGGCUGGCAGUUUCUGGUGGGCCUGGGUGACCGGUUAGGCUGGAGGGAUAAGCUGUUUUCUUGUCUGGAUUCUCCCACCUUGCAGCGUUGCUUGACUCUAGUGAGAGAUAGCAGGCUGUGGCAGCAGCUGGUAAGAAUAGUUCAUUGGGGAUGGCUGGAGUUGCCAUGGUUCAAGCAGAGGACUAGUAGCCAGGGGAAUGUACCUGUAGCUAGUGGGCAGUACUGCCAGCCUGAAGAGGAGGUGGCUCCACUCUUGAUAAUGGCUGGGGUUCCUGAGGAUGAGCUAAACCCUUUCCUUGUGCUGGGGGUUAAAGCCACAGCAUCAGAUACUGAAUUAAAGAAGGCCUAUAGGCAGCUGGCAGUGAUGGUUCAUCCUGAUAAAAACCAUCAUCCUGGGGCUGAGGAGGCCUUCAAGGUUUUAAGGGCUGCUUGGGACAUUGUCAGCAACCCUGAAAGGCGGAAAGAAUAUGAGAUGAAACGAAUGGCAGAGAAGCUGAGCCGGUCAGUGAAUGAGUUUCUGUCCAAGUUGCAAGAUGAGCUCAAGGAAGCAAUGAAUACUAUGAUGUGUAGUCGAUGCCAAGGGAAGCAUAGGAGGUUUGAAAUGGACCGGGAACCUAAGAGUGCCAGAUACUGCGCUGAGUGUAAUAGGCUGCAUCCUGCUGAAGAAGGAGAAUUUUGGGCAGAGUCAAGCAUGUUGGGGCUCAAGAUUACCUACUUUGCACUAAUGGAUGGAAAGGUCUAUGAUAUCACAGAGUGGGCUGGAUGUCAACGUGUGGGAAUCUCCCCUGAUACCCACAAAGCUCCCUAUCACAUCUCAUUUGGCUCUCAGAUCCCAGGCACCAGUGGUCGCCAGAGAGCUCCCUCAGAUGCCCCUCCUGCUGACCUUCAGGAUUUCUUGAGCCGAAUUUUUCAAGUACCCCCAGGCCAGAUGUCCAAUGGGAACUUCUUUGCAGCUCCUCAGCCUGGUUCUGGGGCUUCUGCAGCCUCCAAGUCCAGCAGCACAGUACCCAAGGGAGAAGCCAAACCCAAGCGGAGGAAGAAAGUGAGGCGGCCCUGCCAGCAUUGACUCCCCUUUCUCUUCUUUUUUCAAAUCAAUGUCAGGGAGUCAAAAGGGAUGUGUACAGCACAGGAUGGAUGGAGUUUGACUUGUUUAUUUUUAAAGAUUUUAAAAAAGGAAAAAUUUAAGCUUAAAUUGUUCACUUGUAGAAGGCCCCUGAACCAGUGCCUCCAACCCAGGCACUCAGGAACUGAAUCUUGUCUUCUGACAUUACCAAAGAAAUAGGUAUGGUUAGAACAAAGAACUGGGGCCCAUACCUGAGCUGGAGAAUAUAUUCCUCUAAGGGAUAGGAAGUGUGUUAUUUCUCUGGGGUUUGUAUGCCUUUGUCUUGUCAUUUGCCUUUAGAGCAGAUGAUCCACCACUCUUUUAAAUUAUGAGUCUCUUUCCAUUAUUCUGAUAGCACUAGUCAACAAGCAGAACAAGGAAGCAUUUGCCCUGAUUUUGGAGAUGCACAGAAUUCAGAAAGUAGAAACUGAAUUUUUCUUGACUUUCACCUAGUGGGUAAAUCACCCAACUGCAGGCUUAUUGCUGUAAGAAUGGCCAAAAUUAAUAAUUUUUAAAAAGCAGACUCAUGUCCUCUGCCCUUGGGUAAGGGAGAAUGACAGGGGAGUUCUCACAAGCCUCCUUGUUGUCCAAGGGUUUGUAUUUUUUUUAGGUUUGUUUUUUAUAUUUGUAUGUACAUAGCUAUUUCAAGCCAGGGGAUUAUCUUUCUAUAAACAUAUAACUGGCAAAAAACAAAAAGAGCAAAAGGAAAGAGACUCACCCAGUUCUCGUCAGUUUUUAAGGCCAUUAGUAAUAAUUGUCUUUAAAAUCUGACUUAUCUUUUUUAUUUGCCCUGAACUUUGAGGCUGGUAAGCACAAUGGGGUUUUCAAUUGAGCUGCAAAGCUUAGGUUAAUGUUUGAGUUAGCUGGGCUAUAAAAGCUGGGCCAUUGUCGGACCCCAUGGAUAAAGGGAGGCCAAAUUGGAGAAAAUGUUUUUGGGGCUGACUCAGACUUAGGCAAUGCUUUAACCCAUCUAGUAAAAAAUAUCUAUCAUUACUAAUAAGUAUUUUUUUUGAAGUCUAGGCUUUUCCAUUUUUGUAAAGUCUAUUUUUCAGUGUUUUUAAGGCAUAGUCCCACGUAGCAAGCGGUUUCUAUUUGUUAUUUUGGGUUUACCAAUUGGCACUGAGGGCAUCUGAGGCUCACAGACUGGGCUAGCUUUGAUAUUAGCCCCCAGGGAUCGCUCAGAAGUUGAGCUUCCAGAUGCAAGUCUUUUUAAGGGCAAAUAGGCUCUGACAAAGUAGGUGGGAUCAGCAGUAAUGUUUGAGCUUUCUCAAUCCCCACUGAUUUUGUGGCUGCCUUUUGGGUGGUGGCAUCUGCCAAAUUAUUUUUUGUAUAACAAGGCCAUCUCCUGCAAUGGGCUCUUUAGCGGAUAAUAGCCACUCUCCUUGGCAUCUAGAUGGCAGCCAAGAAGUCCGAAAUUUGGGGAGCAUUUUUAAUCUUUUGGCCCCCAGAAGUCAAUAAUCCCCAUUCCUGGUAAAUAGCCCCAUGAAUGUGGGCAGUAGCAACGCAUACUUUGACAACUUGAGGCCUCAGUGAGGGCAAUGAGUUUAGCCCGUUGGACCAAUGUUUUUGGCUCCAGUGUUGGUUCCUAUAGAAUCUGAGAGUCUGUGGUAACAACAGCUCUCGUAACCCGCUUACCUUGAUAGAGUAACUGCUUUCAUCGGAGAAAUAAAAAGGAACUCUAAAUAGUGGCUCAUCUGUCAAGUCUGGACCCAAAUGCAGUUGUGGAGGGGCAAGGAGGGGCAUCAUCAUGCAGCAGAGUAGCAGGGUUUGAAGCCGCUGUUUUCUUGAGACUGAUGGUAGUCAGAUCUAGAAGUAAUGCCUGAUAAUACAUGACUUGGAAGUUGGCAGCCAUCGGUCUGGCAGAGUCUUGAUAAGUCUCCAGCAAAUAGAAGAAAACAAGAGUUUCUGUCCCAAAGUCAAUUUUUAAGCUCUUUUAUGAGGAGGGCCACUGAGGAAAUCACCUGCAGACAGGGUGGCCAUCCAGCUGCCACAUAAUCAAGUCUCUUGGAAAGAUAUGCAACAGGCCUCUGCCAGGGUUCCAAACUCUGGGUCAGUCCUCUGGCUCCUAGAAAUUUUCACAUUUGCUUUUAGUCACAGGAACUGGAAUCUGUUGGAUGGCUUGCAUCCACUGGGAGGAAAGAGUCUUAUUUUUUUUUUUAUGGAGAGUCUUGUGAUAGCUCAGAUCCCAGAAUAAAACCCAAGGAAGCGAGAAAUUAAAAUUUGGGGACCAAAGGCUUUAUUUUAGGCCAGGCCUGGCAUCACAGUCUCCAGGAGCCAAUUUGGAGACUGCGCACCUUACAGCUAGAAAGGUUGGGUUUUAAAUCCGAAAACCACAGGAAUGUUGUAAUCACUGACACAGUUAGGUAGCAUCUGGGCUUUAUAGAACUUCCUGUAAUUUCCUUGAAGUUAAGCAUUUCUUAAAGAACAGCACAUUUUAUUACAGAUAGCCGGAUGAGAGGUAGGGGAGGGGGUUUUAGGAAACUGAUACCUAAGGCUUUUACAGCUUUCUCAGGAAAUAGAAACUUAACCUAGAAAGAUAGGAAGGGAGGGGAUUUAUAAGGAGCUGAAACUUAAGUCUUUACUGGAGAUGGAAUUUUAAUCUCUAUUGAAACAGCACAUACAGAACAGGAAGGGGGCGCAUUGGUUAGAACUAAGGUACAACAUUCCCCUUUGAUGUUGUGACUUAGGUCAAAUCUUUGACCUAAUCUUUAAGGAUUUUGAGGUAUGGGCUUGUAGGUGUGCUGGCGUAACAUCAUCAACUUUAUGUCUUGCAAUUUUUGUCUGACAUAUGUAGUUAUUUUAUUGAGUAUACAAGGACCUACUGUGACCAGGAGCAGUACCCCUAACAAUGGUCCAAGCAAGGGCAAGAGAUAGGGCAGGAUUUUAUUUUAGACAUUCUGUAAAGGUUUUUAAAUAGCUCUCUCUUCUUUUUAACUAGGUCUUUCUGUAGUCUCUUGAUUUUAUCUGGGACAAUGUUGGACUUAUUUACAUAAAAGCAGCAUAGUUCCUGUAAUGUCGCACAGAUCCCUCCUUGUUUUGCUAUUAGGAGGUCUAGUCCCCUUUUGUUUUGGAGAACUACUUUAGCCAACGAGUCUAUUUGGUCUUGAAUGACCUGAAUGGUACUAGAUAAUGUCUGUACAACACUAACAAUAUGGUUGGAAAGUUGGACAGAAACCCCUACUCCUGUUGUCCCCAUAUUUAAGGCUCCUGAUAUUCCUAGGCCUACCAAUAAAGGGAUAAAUUGAACUGCCCUCUUUGAUCGGCCUGUGAUGUAAUCUAAGCUAAGAAUGGGGACAGGGUCAUCCCCAGGUAGGAUCUCUAUAUCAGGCAAUAGGAACGCUGUUACACAUAUCCCUGUCCAGUUAGUUGGGAGGAAAGUAUAGGCCAUAUUUUUUCUACAAAUAAAUACUUGUCCAUCAGCAGGAUAAAGGGAGGUAGUCCAGUUAACUAUGGAACUACAAUUAGUAAAUGCAACGAACCCCACGUCAAUGUCGGAGGUAUUGUUAUGAAAACCUCCUUGGAGACAGAGAGAGUCCUUGAAGCCUACUGGUUGUACUCUAAAGGGGGGACCAGCACUACAAUUUAAGUAAUCUUGUGUCAUGGUUUAUGUUUGUGUCCCCCAGGCCUCAUGAGUUUGCAUUGUUCAUUUGUGAUGGUUCAUGGUAUAGUGCUUGGAUUGAUGGUGUCAGUGCUCCACCCAUAUAGGGGUGGAGCCAGGAUGUGAUGUAAUGGCAGGAAGAAGGUGUGUCUUUCGCUCUUUGCUGGUACGAGUUUGCUGUUGGUGGGCCGCCAUGAACUGCAGCCCAGCCAUGCCUGCCUGUCUUGGAGCCAACUGAGUGUGGACUGAAACCUCCAAAAACUUUAAGAAAUAAACCUUUCCUUUCCCAA